AUGGUGGGUGAAGGUCCCUACCUUAUCUCAGAUCUGGACUGGUGAGGCCAAAGGAGGUCCUCUUUCGAGAGAUAUGACCCCAGCCUGAAGACCAUGAUUUCAAUGCAACUCUAUGCAAGGUUGGCCCCCAACCCGGUGGAUGAUGCGGGGUUGCUCUCCUUUGCCACGUUUUCCUGGCUCACGCCAGUGAUGAUUCAAGGCUACAAGCACACGCUGACUGUGGACACCCUGCCCCAAUUGUCGCCGUAUGACUCAUCCGACACCAACGCCAAAAGAUUUCGAAUCCUUUGGGAUGAAGAGGUAGAAAAGGUGGGUGCUGAGAAAGCCUCCCUGGGCCAAGUGGUCUGGAAAUUCCAGCGGACACGGGUUCUGAUGGACAUUGUGGCCAACAUCCUGUGCAUCGUCAUGGCAGCCAUAGGGCUGACAGUUCUCAUUCACCAAAUCCUCCAGCAGACCGAGAACACCUCCAGGAAAGUCUGGGUUGGCAUCAGCCUCUGCUUUGCCCUUUUUGCCACCGAGUUUACCAAAGUCCUCUUUUGGGCCCUUGCCUGGGCCAUAAAUUACCGCACGGCGAUCCGGUUGAAAGUGGCCAUCUCCACCGUGGUUUUCGAAAACCUGGUGUCCUUCAAGACGCUGACGCGCAUCUCUGUUGGCGAGGUGCUCAAUAUACUCUCAAGCGAUAGCUAUUCCUUGUUUGAAGCUGCCUUGUUUUGUCCCUUGCCAGCCACCAUUCCUAUCCUAAUGGCUGUUUGUGCAGUGUACGCCUUUUUCAUUCUGGGGCCCACGGCGCUCAUCGGGAUAUCCGUGUACGUCAUAUUCAUUCCCAUCCAGUUAUCAGGACAGGAAGGGGCCUUGGAAAUCAUGGCAUCUGACCUGUACUGGCUGCUGGACGUAAGAAAGAGGGAAAGGAAGUUACUGGAAAGAGCUGGAUUUGUCCAAAGUGGAAAUUCAGCCCUGGCGCCCAUCGUGUCCACCAUAGCCAUUGUGUUGACAUUCUCCUGCCACAUCCUCCUGAGACGCAGGCUCACGGCCCCCGUGGUAAGAACCAUCUCCGGAUCUGGCCUCUUUUGCAUCCCACCACAGCCAGUCCCAGCACACUUUGCCACAUUUCAGCCCCACUUGCCGGAGAACUGGCCGUCUCUUUACAAGAAGGGCUCAUGCUGCACCUUGGAGCCCCUGUGA